AUGGAGACUACAAGUUUGUUUCGAGUUGACGGCAUGAUAGCUGUUGUUACGGGAGGUGCUACUGGUCUUGGUUUUAUGAUGGCCAAGGCUCUUGCAGGAGCAGGAGCGAAAAAGGUCUAUAUACUUGGGAGACGAAAGGCUGUUCUUGAGAGUGCAGCUGCUCACCACCCAAGUUUCGUCCCUAUAGUAUGCGACAUCACUUCUAAAUCAUCGCUCCAAUCUGCUGUCGAAUUCAUAAAAAACGACGUGGGCUACAUCAAUCUCCUUGUAGCCAACUCGGGAGUUAUAGGUCCUAUUAAUUCCUUCAACCCGGACUUCACAAUUCAACAACUUCAAAAGAAUCUGUUUGAGGAAGUCUCGAUGGAAGAUUUUACAAACACGUUCCACGUAAACGUUACCGCAACAUAUUUUACAUUGAUAGCUUUCCUAGAGCUCCUUGAUGCUGGAAACAAGAAUGCCUUGAAGGGAGGUUUUGGAGCCCCGGCCCAAGCCGGUAGCAAUGUCCUUUCGAUCCCUAGUCAAGCCAUUGUUACAGGGAGUUUGUCUGGUUUUAGCCGUGACAGACUUUCCUCACCCGCGUAUGCUGGAAGCAAAUCCGCCAUAGGCCACCUUGCCAAACACGCCAGCACAAAUCUUGCCCAAUAUGAGAUCAGGGUGAACGCACUUGCGCCCGGCUUAUUCCCGAGCGAACUGGCCAAUGAUUUCCUCGUUGGAAGAGACCCAAGUUCAGAGCCUCUCGACCAGAUGGGUGCCAUUCCGUCCAGGCGGUUUGGCAGCGAAGAGGACAUGGGAGGAAGCUUGCUAUAUCUUGCUAGUCGAGCAGGUUCUUACUGCAAUGGUUUAAUUCUUACGAUUGAGGGAGGCAGGCUGUCAGUGACCACUUCCACUUAUUAG